CCCAAACAUUCAAGCGUUCAGUGAUUUAGAGUUAUUGUGGAAAUUGUUAAUAAUAAAUUUGUUAUUUUGAUUUGAAGGCAUACAACAACAUGAGGACCGUUUUAAUGGUGGCAGAGAAGCCUUCUCUUGCCCAGUCCAUUGCUAAAAUAUUGUCCGGGGGUAACAUGACAUCGAGAAAGGGUUCCAACAGUGCAUGUUCUAUUCAUGAAUACAGGGCAAAGUUUCCACCAACAAACGAAACUGCUAACUUCAAAAUGACAUCUGUUUGUGGACAUGUUUUUGGCUUAGACUUCAUUGGCAGAUAUAACAACUGGGAUAAAGUUGAUCCAGUGGAGUUGUUUACAGCAGAGACACAGAAGAAAGAAUCGACAGAGAAACUGCAUAUGCCAGCAUUCUUACAAAAGGAGGGUCGUGGAGUAGACUACCUGGUCCUGUGGCUCGACUGUGACAAGGAGGGGGAGAAUAUCUGCUUUGAGGUCAUCGACUGUGUCAAAGGGCUCAUGAACAGAAACGUCUCUGGUCAGACGAUCUACAGGUCGCAUUUCAGUGCCAUAACAGACACAGACAUCCGUCGUGCCAUGAACAACCUGGGAUCCCCAAACAAGAAUGAGGCCUUAUCCGUGGAUGCCAGACAGGAACUUGACCUCCGUAUUGGCUGCGCCUUCACAAGGUUCCAGACCAAGUUCUUCCAGGGAAAGUAUGGCGACCUGGACAGCACCCUGAUAUCAUACGGGCCUUGUCAGACUCCGACCCUGGGGUUCUGCGUGGACAGACAUGACAGGAUACAGUCAUUCAAGCCAGAACCUUUCUGGGUCAUACAAGUCCAAAUUACCAGUCAAGGUACGGACCGGACGCUGAACCUGGAGUGGGAGAGAGUGAGGAUGUUUGACAAGGAAGUAGCGCAGAUGUUCGUUGGUCUUAUCAAGACUGUUGAUCAUGCACGUGUGCUCGAUGUGACUAAAAAAGAAAAGUCUAAAGCCCGGCCCCAGGCCCUAAACACUGUGGAGAUGCUACGAAUGGCCAGCUCCGGACUUGGUAUUGGCCCCCAACAGACUAUGCAGAUUGCAGAGCGGCUUUAUACACAGGGCUACAUCAGCUACCCCAGGACGGAAACUACACAUUAUCCAGAAAACUUCGACCUCACCGGAGCAUUGAAGCAGCUGCAGAACCACCCGGACUGGGGCAGUGCUGUAAGAGACCUUCUCAAUGACGGAAUCUCUAAACCAAAGAAGGGUACAGAUGUAGGUGACCACCCUCCCAUCACACCUAUGAGGUCAGCAACCGAGGCAGAGCUGGGUCAUGAGGCUUUCCGCCUGUAUGACUACAUCACCCGCCACUUCAUUGCCACGAUAAGCCCUGACUGCAAGUACCUGCAGACAACGGUGUAUUUCGAUGUUGGUGGGGAGCACUUCUCAUUUACUGGAAAGCAGCUUCUGGAUCCCGGCUUCACAGGUGUGAUGACUUGGCAGGCGAUCACCAGCGAUGAACGGGUACCAGACUUCAAGAGGGAGCAACUCUGCCCUGUCCAGGAUGUGAAACUGGUUGAGAGACAGACAAGCCCCCCAGACUACCUUACAGAGUCCGAGCUUAUCUCGCUCAUGGAGAAGCAUGGUAUAGGGACAGACGCCAGCAUCCCUGUCCACAUUAACAACAUCUGUGAGAGAAACUAUGUGAACAUCAUCCCGGGCCGCAAACUCAAGCCAACAACCCUUGGGGUGGUUCUUGUGCAUGGAUACCAGAAGAUCGACCCUGACCUGGUGUUGCCCACAAUGCGUUCCGCCGUGGAGCAGCAGCUAAAUCUGAUUUCACACGGACGGGCAGACUAUGAGUCUGUCCUCCAGCAUGGUAUCAACAUCUUCCACCUAAAAUUCAAGUACUUUGUGCUGAACAUUAUGGGCAUGGACGAGCUGUUUGAGGUCUCAUUCUCCCCCCUGUCAGCCUCUGGGAAAGCCAUGUCCAGAUGUGGAAAGUGUCGUCGAUACAUGAAGUACAUACAGGCAAAGCCAAGCCGGUUGCACUGCUCCCAGUGUGAUGAGACGUACACGCUGCCCCAACAUGGCAACAUCAAACUGUACAAAGAGCUUAAGUGUCCACUCGAUGACUUUGAGCUUGUGCUCUGGACAACUGGUGCCAGGGGAAAGACGUACCCAUUGUGUCCAUACUGUUUUAACAACCCACCAUUCAAGGACAUGCGUAAGGGUAUGGGUUGUAGUGAGUGCACACACCCAACAUGUGCCCACUCCCUCGCCCACACGGGUGUGUGCGAGUGUGUCGAGUGUGAAAAUGGCAUCCUUGUCCUUGACGUCACCAGUGGGCCGAAGUGGAGGAUGGCUUGCAACAAAUGCAAUGUUGUUAUCAACUUCUUCGAGAACGCGCACAAGGUCACGGUGUCGGAGGACCCUUGUGAUGACUGUGGGGCAAACCUCAUAGAGGUUGACUUCAGUAAGGACAAGACGCCCCUGGUGGACGGGAAUACAGAGCAUGUCGGCUGUGUCUUCUGUGACCCACUCCUCAAGAACCUUGUGGAAAAGCACCAUGCCGUCAUGAGGCAGCGCUCCUCCGGGGGUCGAGGCCGAGGGGGCAGGGGUCGAGGCCGAGGGGGGAGGGGCCGGGGCAGGGGUCGCGGCAAACCCAAGGACAAGAUGGCACAGCUCGCUGCAUACUUUGUGUGAACUUGUUUAUG